AUGAAUGGAAUAACUGAUUGUGCUCCUGCUGCAACACCUCUACCAUUAGAACUUCAGAAAGUCAAAGGACAAGAGGACAUGUUCGAUAAUCCAACUUUUUUCAGAAGUUUGGUUGGCAAACUGCAAUAUCUCACUCUGACUAGACCGGAUAUUCAAUAUGCAGUCAAUUUGGUGUGUCAAAGGAUGCACUCACCUACAGUGGCAGAUUUCAGUCUCCUCAAAAGGAUUAUUCGAUACAUCAAAGGUACCAUUGAUCAUGGUCUUUCUUUCAGUCAAAAUACUGAUUCUACCUUACGUGCCUACAGUGACAGUGAUUGGGGUGGCUGUCAAAGUACUAGUCGGUCCACAGGAGGAUUCUGCACAUUUCUUGGCUCAAAUAUCAUUUCUUGGUCGGCUAAACGUCAACCAUCAGUCUCACGAAGCUCCACUGGAGCAGAGUACCGCUGCCUAUCCGACACUGCAGCUGAAGUAAACUGGAUAAGAGAUCUGUUAGAGAACAUUGGCAUGCCUCCUUCUUAA